GUUAGAUAUGGAUACUAAGUUACAUCCGCUGAACAGAAACUGAAAGUUAUAGCGGUUGGAAAAGAAGUCGACUCCACACCGACGAGCUGAUCUUCAACAGUUACAGGAUGUCACUGCCGUUCUAUGGCUGGGAGGUGAGCUAUGAUGAUGACUCUCCUCGUGUGGAGCUGGGGGCCUCUCAGGAGCCCAAAGACCGUGGGAUCUACACCAUGUACCAUGGCACCAGCAUCGCCAAUGCACGGCUCAUCAUUGCCAAUGGUUUUCGGCAGUCAUCGGGUGGCAUGCUGGGAAAGGGCGUGUAUGUCAGUCGUGACAGGAAGAAGGCAGAACGUUAUCCAUUAAAAAGUAACCCUUCAGACCGCGUGGCCCUGGAGUUACGUGUGCGUGUUGGCCGUGUCAAGCGCAUUGACAUAGACAACCAUCCUAUGCAGUACAACUGGAACACGCAUGGCUACGACACAGCUUGGGUGCCUCCAAAUUGUGGUAUGAUUGCUGUGCCCAGUGGCCUAGAGGAGGAUUGUGUGUUUGACCCCAAAAAUAUUAAAGUCGUGGGCAUUGCAAGGGCAGCUCCAAAUGUACUAACAGAACUUCAACAGCUUUUAGCUGAUAGUGUACAAAAUACUGGCAAUGAUUGGGGUGCAGCCUCGAAUGCUGGUGGUGCUGCUGCGGAUGUGUGCUCAGUGUGCAGGAGGAAGACCCCACAGAGUUCUCCACACAUCCAACAACCGUGCUGGGGCUGUGGGGAAAACAUCUGCGCUCUCAUGACCAAGCAUCGCUGUUCAGUUAGAUUCUGAGAAGGAGCAAAGCCCUGAAAAACUGUGCUGUUGUGAAACAAAUGGAGCGAGUAUCCACAUCCUUACGCUAGUCUUAUGUGGUGGAGUUAAACCUAAGUUGAAUUUAACUAAAGACAAAAAAUUCUGAGCUCAGGGUGUAUUUGUAUUUUGGAAAUGGAAAGUUUCUACUUUUUUCUUCUUUUAUAAGUGAGCACCUGUAAUUGUAACUAGCACAACAUGUUAUAACAGUCACAGCCAGACAUGCCUUAAGGAUCUCUGUAUAUCUGUAAAGUCGUUUUGUAUGAACUGAAGUACUGCUGAUAUACUAUAAUGUUCCAAUUUAUAAUCUAUUCAGGUUGUAUUGACAGAUUAGCGUGCAUUAGGAUUAUGUACAAUCAAGAUGAGACAGUCUAUAGAUUGAGCACAAUGCCUUUAUUUCAGCCUGAAUGUUGACAUUGGUUGCUUUAUGUAAAUGCAUGUUAAGUACAAUCUGAAAUAAUAUGUAAUAACGUUCAUGAUUUAGAUUUACUGAAUUUAUUUGAUUUUCUGAAAUGCUGCAUUAUAUAAAACCAAAGAAUCAUGUAAAGCCAAUAAAUGUUAAAUUUAUGACAUGA